GUUGCGCGGUAAUUAUGCUUUCUCGAUUGAGUCGCACUUCCGGUGGAGGGCAGCACAAGUCUUCCGGAAGGCGGAUGUCGUCAGCGUCCCUUGGUCAUCACUUCUCUGGUCUUCUCUAGCGUCAGUCGUGCUUCUGAAGUCGCUUCCUCGUGCUGAUAUAAACCAAAAAUAAAAAAUGGCAGACAACGACGAUCUUUUGGAUUACGAAGAUGAGGAACAGACGGAGGCAGUUGUAGAUGGAUCCGGAGAUGUUCCAGCCAAGAAGGAAGUCAAGGGAACUUAUGUUUCCAUACACAGUAGUGGUUUCAGAGAUUUCCUCUUAAAACCUGAAAUACUUCGUGCCAUUGUCGAUUGUGGUUUCGAGCAUCCCUCUGAAGUGCAACACGAAUGCAUCCCUCAAGCUGUUCUUGGCAUGGACAUAUUGUGCCAAGCGAAAUCUGGUAUGGGAAAAACGGCGGUAUUCGUAUUGGCGACACUUCAGCAGCUCGAGCUCACCGAAAAUCAAGUUUACGUCCUCGUUAUGUGUCAUACGCGAGAACUCGCCUUCCAAAUAAGCAAGGAAUACGAACGUUUCAGCAAAUACAUGCCAGCCGUAAAGGUUGGUGUAUUUUUCGGUGGUUUGCCCAUUCAAAAAGAUGAGGAAGUACUGAAGAGCACUUGUCCACACAUCGUCGUUGGAACACCCGGGCGAAUUCUCGCCCUUGUACGAAGCAAAAAACUCAACCUGAAACACCUCAAGCAUUUCGUGCUCGACGAAUGCGAUAAAAUGCUGGAAUUACUAGACAUGAGAAGAGACGUACAAGAAAUAUUCCGUAGUACGCCGCACGGCAAGCAAGUCAUGAUGUUCAGCGCAACAUUGUCCAAGGAAAUUCGGCCAGUUGCGAAGAAAUUUAUGCAAGACCCUAUGGAAAUCUACGUUGACGACGAGGCUAAACUCACUCUCCACGGUCUUCAGCAACAUUACGUUAAACUCAAGGAAAAUGAAAAGAACAAGAAACUGUUCGAACUUCUGGAUGUUUUGGAAUUCAACCAGGUCGUUAUUUUUGUUAAAUCCGUACAAAGAUGUAUGGCACUUGCUCAAUUGUUAACGGAGCAAAAUUUCCCUGCUAUUGGAAUUCACAGAGGUAUGACUCAGGAGGAACGUUUGUCGAGGUACCAACAGUUCAAAGAUUUUCAGAAGCGUAUCCUGGUCGCGACUAAUUUAUUCGGUCGAGGUAUGGACAUUGAACGUGUUAAUAUCGUAUUUAAUUACGAUAUGCCCGAGGAUUCUGACACGUAUUUACACAGAGUUGCCCGAGCUGGACGUUUUGGUACCAAAGGUCUCGCCAUAACACUGGUGAGCGACGAGAGUGAUGCUAAAAUUCUCAACGAUGUACAAGAAAGAUUUGACGUUAACAUUACGGAAUUACCUGACGAAAUUGAUCUCGCUUCCUACAUUGAAGGACGAUAAAGACCCAGCGCAGCUGCCUAAAAUUCAGCAGCUAUGAAUUAAUCCUCUGCCCAAGAAGCAACCCCGGGAUAUGUUCCAUACGAGUAAACAUGGGAUUAAGCAACCGGUCGAUAGAAGAGACGAAUAAAGUUCUGUCAUUCCGAAAAUCUCGUCUCCGCCUCAACCAACAAUUCAAAAGUCGAAUUUAAUUAAGUUGUUUUUUGAAACAACCAUAUCACCGGAGCGAUGAAUUAAUAAAGAACUUAAAAUGAAAAGACUAAAAUCACGACAGAAUACGCUGGAGGGGAGACUUGAUAAUACAUACUCCAGUCAACGAUAAUAAUAAAUAACCAUAUAGUCUUACACGAA